AUGGAGACAGGAUCCGAGAAUUUGCCUGGCUUUGUCCAUGCUGAAGUCUCCUGGUAUUCUUUUUUCGAGCUGAGAACCUUUUUUGAAACUCCCAUGUUCGAUCUAUCUGAGCUCGAGAUUGCCACUGGCAACACCAUACAAACUGAUAGUCUGAACAUAAUAGCGUUAAGGACGAUCGGAAAUCUCAAAAUAUAUUGGACCGAAUAUAUAGAAGAACAUUUGAUCUUAAAUAUCCCGGAGAGAAUACUGUAUCUUGCAUAUUCACGAUUACACCCAUUUUCUCAAUUCGAAAGCUUGCAAACAACUCUCAUUGAUCCCGGUCAAAUCUGUUCACGCGAGAAAAAGGAUAAAUUUGAUGACCAGUCAUCCCACUGGCUGAAUAGCUGUAUUGCAGCCUCGUGGGCAAUGAUAUUUUCCUAUCGAUACGCAACGCUUAAAUGCCAGAAAUCAUGUUUUAAUACGGCAUUGAGAUUUCUUCAUUUUGCCAAGGAUCCUAUGGGAGUGCUCAAACGCGCAUACGAAGGUAUAUCAUUCGACCCGGUCCCAUACUCAUAUUGUGACUCUGAUCCUAUAAUGUAUCCAUGGCAAUCUGAUUAUCGCGAUCCAGCACCUUUGAGCAGGGCUGAGAUUGAGGGAAUAAGCAAUUAUCAUGUUUCGAGUUUGGGUACUGGGUGGAUCGCCGACCUGGAUCCUGACGCCCACGAAAAGACCACUUUCCAAUACUCGAAUUUCGGCAUCUUCGAAAACAGACCUCAAGGAUUUCGACAACUCUGGAGAGACAAGAGAGAUGCGUUGAAUUAUUGUACUUUUUGGGGUGUAAUUAUAUUUGGAGCAUCGACUUUAUUUUUGGCGAUAGUAUCACUGGCUGUUAGUGCUGCACAAGCCGUUGCUGCUUUCAAAGCUUUGGAUAUGCCGCCUUCGAGUCAUUGA